AUGAAGAUAGCUAUACUGAUAAUAUCAAUUACGAUAUGCGCAUCCAAGGAACGGCAAACAAAAUUUGCUCAAAGAUAUAAGAGAAAUGGUAAUAAAAACCUAUGUAUUGACGACCAACAAGCAACCGGCGUCUUCCGUAUUGCAUUUGCCACUUUUACAGCAAACUUAUUGAAGAAGGUCUCUCUUCAAGGAAACCAUUACAUGGCGCUAGCCCCACUCUCUGUGUGGAUCACGCUCGCUGCUAUUGCAGAAGGAGCUGAUGAAAAUACCCAGAAGGAACUCUUUACACUCCUGAAUCUCCCUGAAAACGCAUGUUCACGUUUUAAGCUCUAUCAGAUUGCAGUAACACGUAGUUUUUCCUCCAAAUACGUCAGUGUUUUAAACAAACGAAUUUUACUUAUUGAUAAAGGUGCUCAUAUUAAUGGACAUUGGUAUAAAUUGGUGAGACAAUAUUCUCUUCUGCAAAUGUUUCCAGCACCAAUCGAACGCAAUCCAGUUGCAACGAUAGAAAUUACAAAAUUUUUCAUAUUGACCAAUCAUCAGCUGAAUUUUAAUGAUAACAAUUCAAGUAUUGACUCAAUGGUAUCCAGUUUUCAUAACUACACCAUAUUCGAAGCGAAGGCGUCUUUGCAAGACAGUCAAAUACCCAUUGAUGUGGCCAUACCUCGAUUUCUGAUGAAAUCUGAGAUUGAUAUGAAACAGAUUCUGGAGGGUAUGGGAAUUGUGAACUUAUGGCAAGAUCCUAGAGCUACUGGGUUCAUAUCAUACCCACCAGCUCUGCCAACCACUUACAUCCAACGCACCACUUUGACUCUCACAAAUGAAGGAGUUCAUCCACAACCACAGUUAGAACAUAUACCACCUCAACGUUAUAACGUUGAGGAACGAUACUGGAGCGAGUUUGUAGUAGACAGACCCUUUAUGGUUGUUUUGGUCGACGCUGAGACUUACACGAGUCUCAUGAUGGCAACGUAUUCAAAACCAACAUACUCUUAA